UUAAUUCAAUGAACCGCCCGUUCACUCUGGCGGAACCAAUAACGCUCAGGUUGUAGUUUCAUUCUGGAUGCUUUUAUUGGUGGGACACAGUGAUAAUAUACAUGUGAGCGGUGUUUUGUUGUUGACAGCUGAUAUCUGAAAAUCAUCUUUUGCGAACUCAAAAUGACGAGGUGGGCCCGAGCGAACAACGUCCAUAAAAACAAAGCAGCAGAUGCCACACCAUGGAAGCAGCUGAAGGCGAAUGGGAAUGCUGGAGUAUCAGUAACAAGCCGCGGUGACCGACACUUCCAGCGGGGAGCAGGCGUAAAGAAACCCAACCCGAAAAAGGAGAAACGAGAGCAUGACAGUGACGACGUGAAUGGAUUUAUGGAGUAUUUAAAGCAGACCGGUCAGACGCUGCAGAAAAGGAGGCCUGCGGACCGGGACCUGAGAGAAGAAGUGGCAACGGCACUGAAGAAAGACCAACGACGAGAGAACAGACGGAUAAAGAGGCAAAACGUUAAAAAGAAUAAUAUGAUUUGCUUCAACUGUAGGAAGCCUGGUCACGGGCUCGCCGACUGCCCGGAAGCAGAUAACGAUGAAGAGAUGGGCCGCGGUAUUUGUUAUCGCUGUGGUUCCACUGAACAUGAGAUCCAGAGAUGUCGCGCUAAAGUGGAUCCUGCCAUGGGUAACUACCCAUACGCCAAGUGUUUUAUCUGCGGUCAGACUGGUCAUUUGUCCAAAGCCUGUCCUGACAACCCAAAAGGACUGUAUGCUGCAGGCGGUUGCUGUCGUGUUUGUGGCUCAGUAGAACACUUUCAGAAGGAUUGUCCUGAACACCAGAGCUCAACCAGUUCCAUCACUCUUGGCCGGCUGUCCAAUAGAAUUAGCGCUGACCACGAGGAAGUACAUGUGCCUGUGAAGAAAGUGCAACCCAAAAAAGACAAGGUGGUGGUGUUCUGAUCCACAGCUGUUGAAGGGAAAUCCAGAAUUGGACCAUUUAACCAAUCAUUUCUGCAGUCGCGGGGUCUUCGCCAAAGAUUCGCUGUCUGCCAUGGAUGUUUUAAACACAAAAGUGACUCUUCCUGUUCUGAGACUAUUUACUGCUGUUAAAGAUUUGUGAUGAAAUGGCCUGAGACUUGUGGACAUCACAUAUAUGCCUAAUUUAAAGGAAUAAUUGACCCAAAAAUGACAUUUAUCCCAUAAUUUACUCACCCUCAAGCCAUCCUAGGUGUAAAUGACUUUCUUCUUUCAGCCGAACACAAUCGGAGUUAUAUUAAAAAAUAUCCUGGCUCUUCUGAGCUUUGUAAUGGCAUUGAAUAGUGCCCGAGUUUUUGAAGCUCUGAAAAGUGCAUCUAUCCAUCAUAAAAGUAAUCCAUACGACUCCAGUGGGUUAAUAAAUGCUUUCUGAAUGUUUUUUUUUUUUUUUGUAAGAAAAAUAUCCACAUUUAAAACAUUAAAAUCACUGGCUUCUGGCAACAGCCUUACACACAUUCAUGAGAGUUACGUGGUUUUUGCAAAAGAUGUCUUUUUUUUUACCUAAGCACAAAUUACAGUUUAUAAAGUUUUAAAUCCAUAAAGAUUUAGAUUCAAUGCCAUUACAAAGCCGGGAAGAGCCGGGAUAUUAUUUAAUGUACCUCUGACUGUGUUCGGCUUAAAGAAGAAAGUCAUACACACCUUGGAUGACUUGAGAGUGACUAAAUUAUGGGAUGAUUUUAAUUUUUGGGUGAACUAUUCCUUUAAUUAUUAUGAAUAAUUAUGGACUCUGUGUUUUCAUUGUUCAAGAAAGAUAGAGAGAAUUUGAAUAUGAAAAACAGCAUUUAUUUACAAGACCCUCUGUACAAAUAUUCUCUAUAAAAGAGAGAUAUUAAGUGUUUUUUCUGUGUUGGUAUAUUAAAUUUAUAAGAACAA